UAUAUAUUUGUGUGUGAGAGUGGUAGCAAUAACAAGCAUAAAUUGUGGAGUCGUAUAUUUGUAUAAGGAUUGCUUUGUUACCAAGAAGUGUGGAGUUUGAUCACCACCACUGCUGUUAACUAAUUUCUCUGCACAGCAGUCUUGUUUGUCAAGAUUUUUUUGUUUGUUUUAUUGUGUUCAUAUUACAUGGCAAAAUCUUUAGAGGUUCUUCAAAAGUAUUACCCAGGUAAUUAUUUUGGAUUUGAUAGAGACAAUCGACCUGUUUUUUAUGAUGCAAUUGGUCAAUGUGAUUUCUUUGGGAUUCUUCAUGCUGUUAAAGCAGAUGAAGUUAUAGAAUAUAGAAGAAACUUAGCAAAGGAAGGUUUAAGGCUAGCUAGUCAACGCAGUGAAGAACUUGGCUUUAAAGUUACCCAGAUAACUGUUGUAUUUGAUUUGGAUGGACUCAGUUUAAAAAGUUUAUGGAAACCAGGUGUUGUUCUUAUCAACAAGAUAUCAAGUAUGUAUGUUAAAGAGUUUCCUGGUUACACAAAUAAAGUAAUAUGUGUUAAUGUUCCAUCUGUUUUUCCAGUUGCAUAUACUGUUGUAAAACCAUUUUUAUCCACUGAUAUCAAAAAUCAAAUAAUAAUUCUUAAAGCUAAUUGGCGUGUUGAAAUUCAGAACCAUAUUCACCCUGAUAACUUACCUGAAUACUAUGGUGGUACCUGUCGUGAUAAGAAUGGUUCACCAAAAUGUGAACAGUUUAUUUGUUAUGGAGGGAAAGUACCAAACAUAUAUUUCAACAUUGAAAAUACAGAGUUUGAAGAUUUUCAAUCAACUACUCUUACCAGAAAAUCUAAGUUAACUCUAAAAAAAGAAAUAAAAUUUCCCGGGACUUUUCUUCAAUGGCAAUUCAUGACUGAAAAUGGGGAUAUUUUAUUUGGAAUAAAUUAUUUGGGUUUAGAAGGCGAUUCGCAAAACUUUGUAGCUCAUUCUCGCAAAGACUCUCAUUUAAUUAUGGAGGAAGGUGUGGCUUUAUGUGAGGAAGCAGGAGAUUAUGAAAUAGUGUUUGAAAAUGACAGUUGGUUACACAACAAGCAACUAUUUUACAACAUAUAUACAUCUGAACAUGAGAAAAAAAAAUAAGUUGUUAUAAGUAAAAUAUUUUCAAAAAAUUUCAAUUAUUUUUUUUCCACGAAAAAUAUUUUUUAAAUUAUAUAUUUUAUAAAGUUUUGAUGUAAAUAUUUUUUAUAGAUUUUACAUAUUUUUUUAUAAGAAAAGAUAAUAUAUUUGUACUAUUAGUAAAAUUAAUGUAGUUGUGUUUAUAAUUUAAUUAAAUAGAUUGUGAGAAGAUUUUUAGGUUUUUGUAAAACUAGAUCUUAAAAAUUUUUUAUUCGGAAAUAUUUGAACAAUAUGCUGUUUUUGAUAGAAAUUUUUAUUAACUUUUUGAACUUUCCAGUAAAAUUGUAUAAAUUGUGAAACAACAAACUUUUUUUUAUUCUUAAAUAGGAUACCCACUACUUGAUGUAAAAUUAAUACCAGUUUUUUUAGAAAUAUACAAUACCGUUACUGUAAUACUUUUCUUUAUUAUUUAAAUACGAUACAGAGAUUCAAAAUCUUUAAAGUUACAUUUAUUUUGUAAAAUGCAAAGCAAAAACAUCAGAAAUAAGUACUUUUUAAAUAGUAAUAAAAUUGAUGAAAGAAAUGUACAAUUAGGGUGGUCCAUUUUGAACCUUUCUAAAAAUGCUAAAUACCAAAAGUUUUAAAUUUAGGAUGAAUUUUAGAUCCUCUAAAAAAUAUUGGAAGUUAGAAUAACUGAUUGCGCGAAUGUGACGUAACGUUUUUAACCACUAAUUGUUAUUGUUUCUUAGUGGAGUUCACAGAAUUUAAUUAUUAAUCGUUAAAUAAUAGUUAUACAAAAUUUGAAUAAUUUACGACUAUUUGUACGCAUAACGACUAUUUGUACGUAUUACGAUUAUUUGUACGUACUACGACUAAUUGUACGUAUUACGAUUAUUUGUAUGUAUUACGACUAUUUGUACAAAAGAGUUAUUAAAAUAUCAUUAAAUAUACAAUUAAUCACGUUACUGA